AUGGCCGCCGCCGUGGCCGCCGGGCUGCUCCUGCGCGCGUCGCGGCGGCUGCUGGCCGGGGCCGGGGCCGGGGCCGGGGCCGGGGCCGCGCGGGCCGCGCACUUCGCCCCCCCGCGCCGCGACAAGAAGCGCUGGCUCCGCGCCUACCUGGAGCAGCAGCGGCUGCGGGCGCCCCCCCAGCGGCGAUCAGAGAAGCCCAACUGGGAUUAUCAUGCGGAGAUACAAGCUUUUAGCCACCGGUUACAUGAAAACUUCUCUUUGGAUCUUCUCAAAACUGCAUUUGUUAAUUCUUGUUACAUUAAAGCUGAAGAGGAAAGGCGCCAAGGACUUGGGCUAGACGAAGGAACGGUUGCCCUGAAUCUCCAAGAUAAUACUAAACUUUCGGAACAAGGGGAAUCUUUUUCACGUUCUUACCUCACGCAGUGUUUUGAAGUCGCCUACCCAGAUUUACCUGCAAAGGGCAUAGGAGCACUUGUUGAUUUUCUUAACAGUCAGGAACUUGUGUCUUAUGUGGCUCAGAACCUGUCCGUACAGGACCUGACGCUCUGCGCAGAGUUUCCUGUCCCGCCAAGUGUGCUGCAGAGGACGUUCUUUGCUGUAAUAGGAGCGCUGCUUGAUAGCAGUGGGCCUGAGAAAACAGGGAUCUUUGUCAGGGAUUUUUUAAUUCCUCAACUGAUUGGAAAAGACCUGUUUGAGAUCUGGGAAGUUACAAAUCCUAUGGGCUUGCUAGUGGAAGAACUGACCAAAAGAAAUAUCUCUUCUCCAGAACCAAGAAUUACCAGGCAGUCAGGAGUCAGCACAGUUCUGCCAGUGUACUUCGUUGGAUUGUACUGUGAUAAAAAGAUUAUAGCUGAAGGUCCUGGUGAAACGCUGCUUGCUGCAGAAGAAGAAGCUGCCCGUGUGGCACUCCGGAAACUAUAUGGGUAUACAGAGAACAGGAGACCUUGGGAUUACUCAAAACCCAAGCAAGGAUGGGCAGUAGAAAAAGCUAUCAGCAGCAACUAGAUAAUGAAAGCUACUUCUGCUUUAUCCUGGGAAUCAGUGGCUUCUGAGCUGAAUACAGAUGCAUUUUGGAAAACAAAUUUCAGUUUGGUGUUCUGAGCUUAGGUGUUUGAAAUUUUCAAAUCAACUGUGGUAUUAAUUUUUUUCUGACUUGAAAUAAAGUCUUUUGCCCAAUGUUUAAUAUUUAUCACUUUCCUAAAUAUAAAGGACUGUUUUUCUGAGUUCAUGCCUCUUGUUGAGGAAGGUUUUCCAUGCAUCACAGGAGACUGUUCUUAAUGAUGGAGUCCUUGUUCUUGAGCAAGUUCACUCUAUAGAAAAAGGGUUUCAUGAGUGUUUUCUUGAGACUUAUUUUAUCAUGUUAGUAAGAUCAGUUGAAUUACAUAUGCAACACUGACUUUUGGGUUGUAUCGGUUUCACUUGUCGUUGAUACGUAGAAAACAUGAAAUAUGACAUCCAAGAUAUAGAUGCCGUUGGUGGUUCAAAUUUAAAAAGAAAAUGUGUAAAUGGCAAUUUUGUAGUCUUACUACUUGCAUAUAAAUUUUAUUUGAUAUAGGCGUUGGUUUCUACUGCUGGGAGUACACUCUGAAAUAGGGUGUAUUUUUAAUAAUAAAAAUUGUAAAAAGUAAAAUAAGGCUGUGAAGGCCUGAGUUCAAAGAAAUUGGAGAAUACUAUUUAAUGCUGGGCUAAUGGAUGAUAUACAGCCUUCAUCUUUUUUGAUUUUUUUUCCUGUUUAGUCCAGACACUACAUUUUCUCUUGUCUUUCAGCUGCUUAAUUUAAGUAGUCAGAUGACUAAAAUACUGGAUUCAUUGAAAUCUCUGUUCCUUUCUUUUGCACCAUUCUGAGCUGUUUUAAUGUAACUCCAUAUAAAUGGAAAGUCACUUAGGAACAUUAUGCAGGUACUGAAUUAUUCCUAUUAAACUUUGUAGAAAAUCAGUGUGCAUGGUGGAAGACAACAUGAAGUAAGACUGACAUUUAAUUAGUAAAAACCUACAGGAUGACAUUUUCUGGAGCUUAGGCAGCCCUUUCUCUGUUCAGAAAGAUUCUGUGUCCAGCUCAGCUGUGCUGAUCACAUAUUUGUUUUCUCACCAAGUCAGCCGUGCUGGGAUGCAGACCUGUUGAGUCUCCCUGCCUGGGCCUUGUGCAAAGGUGCCUUAUCCUGGGGGUGAAGACCUUUUGGGGGUUCUCAGUUCCCAGGAGAUGAUGUUCACUGCAGUGAAAUGGGUUAGCAUGCGCUGUUGUUUCUCCAGAUUGCUGCUGAUACAUCUUUUUAAAAAAGGGGGGGGGGGGCUAUGCUAUUGUGAAGAGUGUAUGAUUCUUGGAAUUGUUUCCUUUCAAAAUUUAGUGUGGUUCUAUUGCAAGCUGGAAGUGAGCAUUCAGAGAAGGAAAUUAAGAAGCUGAACGUAGGACAGGGGCUGAAGAAGUGUUUUCUGCCUUGUCCCAUUGUGAGUGUUGGUUGGUUGCACAAAGGCAACAGGUGUAUGUGCUACUUGAAAAAGAAAGUUUGCAGCUUGCCAUGCAGAAAAGCUUGGUGCUGCAGUCUCUAACAACAUGCACCCAUUGACGUAGACCCCCAGAAUGUGGGGGGUGGGAGAGGAAGGCCGCUUAGCAGUGAAAGAUCGCAGUCAGGGCUGCUGAGCAGGUCUGUGGUGCAGAGCAGGAGGCGCCUUCCCUUUGGUUACUGAUAGCCGCAGACUCCACCAGCAUAUCCUGCUGACCCUGGAGGGAGAACAAGAUUUAACUAUACUAGCUGAUGAAAAAUUUAGUAGUAAAUUUAAGCAAAGCAAUUGAUUGUUUGCCUUUCAAGCAUAUCCUCAGUAUUUGUUGUGACUUGCAUCCUAGGCAAAUGUAAAAUGCUGAUGUGGCUAGAUAGCAGGCAAGUCUGUCUUCUGGCUUUUAGCAUGGGAAAUUACAUGUGUGAAUGCUUGAAUGCACAAUGGAGAGCAGCAACAGCAGUCUAGCACAAAAUAUGCAAAAAAUGAUAAUUUUAAAUGAAAAAGAUUCAGCUAGGUAAUUUAUUAUCACUUGUGUGAGCAAGGCCAACAAGGCUACUAUAUUCCAGAGGAGUAAUAGUAGAAUGUCAGAAAGGGAUAGAAGUGAUUCAGCCUAUUUUUAGUUUUCAGAUAAGGUACUUCUUAUACCUCUACCUAUGUUAAAAGGACAUUAGUGAGUCUUUCACAUUGAAAACUAUCUAGCUGCUGCUACUACUAUAUAUAUAUUUUAAGAGAGGGGGAAAAAAAAAGCAAUUUUCUGGCCGUUUACCUUAAAUAAUUAAGACCUGCUUAUUGUGGCUUCAUAAUUUGGAAUGUAGGGAUAAAGUCCUACGAGAAGUGGAUUACUGAAUAGAGUGCUGGAAAGAAAUUGAAUAAAGCAAGAUGAAUUGAUUUUUUUUUUUUAUCAUAUAGUAUAUUUGUGGAAUGUGUUGAAUUCAAAGGGAAAGACAGUUUGGGGACAUGGAAAGGAUUGCUGUGAGUGGAAAAGAUGAAGUUCUUAUAGGAUCUAUGCAUCCUAUUUUCAAGUUUUCAAAGGUUAAAAAAGCAUUUGCUAUAGUAUCUAAGCUUUAAUGUCUGGCACCUAAACAUGUAUUCAAGGACUUACCAUUGUACUAGUGGGAUCAUUUAUGUGCUUCAAAUUAAUAACUUUUUUCCCUAAAUGACUUUUAAGAAAUUGUUUAGGUAUACAGAAAUCAGAAUCUAUGAAGUCUGCUAAAAUGACUGCUUUCCUUCUACCAGAAUUUUUUUCAUGAAAUUCCAUGGUAGUUUGUCACUCUUACAUAGCUCUCUUGCCUUUUAUUGAAAGAGUUUAAAAACUGACUAUUUUAAGAAAGGAGAGAGUUCUACUGUGUCUGUCCCAACUAAGCAAUGAGGAGAAAAACUUUCUGAUGUGAUUGCAUGUACUUUUAUUACUUCUCUUCUGUUCUCAGUGGAUACUUUUGCUGCUGUGUCUUAACCAUUCAAUAAUGUAACUUCUGCUCUAUAUGUAUCCUUGUUUUCAGUUGCAGCUUCUGCUUGCAAUAACCAGAUGUGUUGCUGUUAUGGAAACCUCUAAAAAAUCCAGAAUCAACUUUUGUAUUUAUCGUUGUUCUGACUUAAAGGCAGUAGAUUAAAAUAUGGUCACUUCAGUCUUCUUUUCAUGUUAGUUUGGAAUUUGGAACUGUCAGUGAAGAGCUAAAGUUUUUAUUGAAAUUUAUCACAAAAAGCAAGAGUAAAAAUGAAAAAGAAAUGGAAAUUUUAAAUAAGUGCUCUCCUCUUGUGCUGCUAUAAAAAGCUGUGAAAUCAAAA